GGAACCAGUCCGGCAGCGUGAGUUUGCAGUGUUGUGAGCUGGUCGUGCCAUUCUUCUAUCAGUCUGCUUUUGUAAACGCACGAUGAGUAGAUUUGAUUGCAGAACAUGGGGAAUUAUUUGUGUACCUGUAAAUGUUGCUGCCCAUGCUGCACAAAAGAGCCAUCACUGAACGGCAAAAGUGGCUUCCUCAAGUCAAUCUACAACUAUGAAUCUCGCACGCCGCAGGACCUUAAUCUGAAGAAAGGAGAUUUUCUGGAGGUACUAUUAGAGACUGAAUCCUGGUUAUAUGUCAGGAGACACCCAGCAAAAGGUGAAAGAUCCACAACCUUAGCUCAAGAGAAGGGCUAUGUGCCUAAAGACUUCGUCAAACCUUGGAGUAGCGUAGAGGCCGAGUUAUGGUAUUUUGAAAAAGUUAAAACCCGUAUUGAAGCCAAGAGAUGUCUGCUGAGACCAGAGAACGACGAGGGUGCGUUCCUCAUAUGGAAGUGUGAAGAAAAGAACAACUAUUACCUAUCAGUGAGAAAUGGCCCUCAUGCGAGUCAUUACAGGAUUAAGCAGACAGAAUUGGAGAAGAUGUUUUUCCUUGUUCAUCAUACAACCUUCAAAACCUUGUCUGAGUUGGUAAAAUUUUAUUCUGAACACGAGGGCCGACUCUGUGCGAAGCUUAAUGAACCAUGUGUGAAGUUGGACCAGCCAGCUCCCUCCACCCUGUCAUUUUAUUCAAAAUGGGAAAUAGAGAGAAGUUUACUGUCCAAAAUCAAGAAACUAGGCUGCGGAGAGUUUGCAGAGGUGUGGCAAGGGCGUUGGAACAACACAACAGAUGUGGCUAUCAAAGAGUUUAAAGUCAGCAGUCCAGACAUCAGAACAGAGAUUGAAAUCAUGAACAAACUGUGUCACGAGCGCUUGUUGAAGCUCUACGGUGUCUGUACCAUUGACGAACCCAUCUGGAUAAUCACAGAGCUCAUGAAAAAUGGCAGUUUAAAGACAUUUCUCUUCAGCCACAAAGAGAAACAAGAUCUAGAGUUUUCACUUCUGAUGGAUUUUGCUGUCCAGAUUACAGAAGGAAUGAUUUACCUUGAGAAUAAAAUAGUUCACAGAGAUCUGAGAGCUGAUAACAUUCUGCUCACCGACAUGCAAUCCUGCAAAAUAGCCGAUUUUGGACUCGCUGAGCUCAGUCUCACUGGAAACCAAAGAAAUUCAUCAGAUGUUAAGCUUCCUGUGAAAUGGAUGGCUCCUGAGAUAUUUGAGAACAAGUGCUACACAAGCAAGAGUGACGUCUGGUCUUUCGGGAUCCUCUUAACUGAAAUCAUCACGUAUGGAGAUGACCCAUACCCUGGUCAAGCCAAAAUAACGUGCAUUCGAGCAGUUCAGCGAGGACAGCGGAUGGAGCGGCCGCCCGGUUGCCCUGAAGCACUCUAUGACAUUAUGCUGCUGUGCUGGAGGUCAAACCCAGAGGAGAGACCAACUUUUACUGAACUAAGGAAGAAGCUGAUGGAUCUCAUCCAUGAGCCGGUUUCUGAACUGGAGUAGAUGCUGUAAAAACGAGACACUUUUGAGCUUGUAUGUAACAUGAAUACAAAAAUAGUUAACUCAAAGAGGUCAUAGAUUACUGUAUAGGAAAUAUCUACUGAAAUAAAUACAUUAUAAAUGGUUGAAUCUCACAAAAACAUGUACACCUCUAAACUAAUAAAAUAAUAAUAUAUCCAAUAAAGGAAUUUUACGAUGUUUUGCAUUAUUCUCGUGACAAUUAAGCACAUUUCUUCACCAAAAUUCAUGUUUCUGGAUAUUUAACUUUAAAGAUUUUUGUUAUCCCCAAGAUUUACAAUCGUG